AUGGCUUAUCAAUCUCUUGCUCUUCUUGUUGUCAUCAUUGUUGCCAUUGUUGGUGCUUUCGCUCAGGCUCCUUCUACCUCCCCCACAACCUCUUCAGCUCCAAUGACUUCUUCGUUUGAUUCCACUUCAUCCCUGCAGACCUCUUUUGAGACUUCAUCUCCGAUGAGCUCACAAGAUUCCUCUAUCUCGCCAGAUCUCUCUACCUAUGCUCCAUCAAUCUCUGUGGCUCCCGCAUUCUCUCCUGAUUCCACUAGUUCCAAUAGUGCUCAGUCACCAACGCCCGAGGCAGCUCCGACCGGUUCUCCCACUGCUGGGACUUCUCGUUUGUUUACAAAUGGUUUUUUUGGCUGA